ACAGUCGCGUCAGAUGGAACGAUGACAGAGCAACACGUAUGUGGGCUCACGUGUCCAUUCCAACACGGUUUCGUGAUAAAUUCCACAUGUACCGGCUAGUAUUGCGUAAUGAUCCACGAAUCGAAUUAAUUGAUAAGGACAACGAUCGGGGGACAGCGGCCUCGAAGACCGCAAACAAAGUCGAACUGUCCGACGAAAUAUAAUACAAAUUCAGCUUCGAAACGGUUCCUGUCGUUGAGAUCGAUCAUCUUUUUUUUCGAAAGAGACUAGAACGGUUGCAUAGAUCGUGCGAUGCAGGAAGGAGGAGAGAAGCAAGAGAAGCCUGUCGCGAUCAUGAAAGACAACGAAACGGCAGAGAUGAAAGAGAUCGUGUUGCGCGAGGUUGAGCCUCUGCUGCGCCAGAAACUCGGGGACCAUGUGGUCGUCGAGAAUUUCACUGUCGAGCCCCUGUUGCCCCCCGGCGAGAACUAUGGUAGCACCAUCCUCAAGGUCGACGUCGACCUGAAAAAAGGGCAGGACGGUGAACAGGAGCAGCUCCACCUGAUCGGUAAAAUGUUGCCGCCGACGGAGUUUCAGCGGCGCAUCUUCAACAGCUCCAAGACGUUCGUCAAGGAAAUCUUCAUGUACGAGACAAUUAUGCCGGCCUACAGCAAGCUCGAGGCUAGCCUGAAACCCAAGGAGGUCUUCAACUUCCUGCCGAAGUUCUACGGGUCCAGGAUGUCCCUGCAACCGGACGUCGAGAUGGACGACGACGCGGUCUUCCUUAUGGAGAACCUGAAGGCCUACGGAUACUACCAUGGCGUCAGGAGUGUCGGAUACGACAUGGAGCAUUCGAAAGUCGCCUUGCAAGCCCUGGCCAGGUUUCAUGCUUUGGGGAUGGCCAUGAAGCAGAAGCAACCAGGACUGUUCCACAUGUUCAAGAUGCACUCGAAAACCUACUCGAUAGAUGCAGCACCUGACUCUGAUAUGUUUGAAGCAACAUUGAAUACGAUCAAGGAGGAUCCCGACAUGUGCGUCUAUUACGACGUCUGUGAAAACGUCGUCAACGAUAUAGUGCGCAAAGGGUUCUGGGGAGACGUUCCCCGGGAGCCUUGGAUGACCAUCAUCCAUACCGACUUCUGGGUGAACAAUGUGCUGUUUCAUCGUGAUGACAAGGGGAAAAUCGACGACGUGAAAUUCGUCGAUUUCCAAACGUACGUGUACUCCAGCGCGCUGCGCGAUGUAAUCCUUUAUCUGUUUACGAGCGUCGAGGUUGACAUCACGGACGAACAGCUCGAAAGCCUGCUAGAUUUAUACUAUGAGACGCUGCUGAAGAGACUGAACCAACUAAAGUGCGAUACGAAGGCUUUCGACAAAGAAUUAUUCUUGGAGAAGUUGAAAGAAGAUGCUCAUUACGAGUUCGUACACUUACUGAUGAUGAUCAAGAUAAUGACGAUGGACAUAAAGGAAUCGAACUUCGAUUAUGACAACAUGCACACGGCUAUUAUCGAUCAGGAAGACAGUAAAACAUUCGUUGAUCGAUUACGCAGAGUGGUAUUGUACUUCUGUAAGCGCAAUUGGUUACCUGUAGAUGAGAAGACGUCCUGAGGACGUCCAUUUUAUGUUGAUAGAUCGUUCUACAAUUUAACGCGUUGACUUUCGCGUCAACCAAAUAAUUGCUCACGUGUUCAAAGUAAUUCCGGGCUCUGAGUGUUACGAUAAGCUUCGACCAAUCAGAUUUUGUUGUGCCAAGGCAGGGACAACGAUUUUGUGGAAUUUUUAUCGUCUGAUUUGGCAGCCGACGGAUUAAUCUGAACCUCUUGAAAAGUUCGAAGAUAUUUUCUGAUAACAUUCAAAAAGCUUGUAAUCCCUUUUCCGAAGUAACAAGACCGAAUAAACAGCUAUUUGGAUACGUAUAA